AUGGCAAUGAGAGCUCGCCACAAAAUCCGAGCUCCGCGAAGGGGGGGAACCUCAGCAGCGAAGCCGGAAUCUUUCGACGCAAUCUGGUCCGUUCUCUCAUCAUCAUUGACCGAAAUAAAUACGAAAAAUGCCUCCACACUGGCUUUCGAAGAGCUAUACCGUCAUGCAUACAAGAUCGCCUUGAUGAUGCGGGGUGAAGAACUCCACGACAAGGUCAAAGAACUGGAACAGCAAUGGCUUCAAAACAACGUCCAAAAGCUCAUUACAGGGUCGAUUUCUUCGAUCCUCGUUCGAACACACAAUUCUCUGGAUGCGCCAGACCAAUCUAAUGAGAGGAGAGAGGCGGGUGAGAAGUUCUUGGCCGCGCUGAAGGAUGCAUGGGAGGAUCACCAACUAUGCAUGGGCAUGGUUACGGAUGUUCUGAUGUAUAUGGACCGCAUGGUCUUGGCCUCUCACACCAAGCCUUCUAUCUAUGUCGUCUGUAUGGCACUCUUCCGUGACCAUAUCCUUCGGUCUUCCGUUCGCCCCGGCUCUGAACUCAAGGUAAUUGAAAUGCUGGAAUCAACAAUUCUGUUCAUGAUCCAGCUGGAACGCUCUGGUCAUAUGAUUGAGCGUCCGUUAAUUCGACACUGCAUCCAAAUGAUGGAGGGCCUUUACGAAACAAUUACAGAGGAGGAGAGUACAAAGCUUUACCUCACAAUUUUCGAACCAGCUUUCCUUGAUACAAGCAAGGAUUUCUACCAAGCCGAAGGACGACGAUUGUUGGAGAUUGGGGAUGCCGCCACUUUCUGCCGGAUGGCAAUCCAACGCAUUGUCGAAGAACAGGAGCGAUGCCAAUAUACUCUGGCUAUUACGACCCAACCGAAAAUUCUCGACCUGCUAGAUGAGCACUUGAUUCGCACCAACAUUGCAGAAGUCGUCAACCUUGAAGGAACUGGUGUGCGACACAUGCUUGACCACAAUCAUCUCGAUGCAUUACGCGACAUUUACUCGCUGAAUGCCAGAGUUGACCCCAAAAAGGAAGCCCUGGCCAAGGCAGUCAACAAGAGGAUCGUGGAAAUGGGCAAGGAUAUCAAUGCUUUGUCAAAGCAAUUUCCGCCAACACCAGCUCCUUCUGCCAAGAAGGACGAAAAGAGCGAUAGAAAGGAGAAAGCAACAGACAAGCAGAGGCCCGUGAAUCAGCAAACCGAGUCCGCAAUUCGCUGGGUUGAUGAGAUCUUGGCCCUUAAGAGGAAAUUCGACGAUGUCUGGGAAAAGGCUUUCCUGUCUGACCAGGGUCUUGAGAGCUCGAUCAUGGGGAGUUUUUCGGACUUUAUCAACAUGAACCCUCGCAGCUCCGAGUUCCUUUCCCUGUUCUUUGACGAGAACCUGAAGAAGGGCAUCAAGGGGAAGACAGAGAGCGAGGUCGAUGCUUUACUGGACAAUGGCAUUACGCUUUUGCGGUAUAUCAAAGACAAGGAUCUAUUCGAAACUUAUUACAAAAAGCAUUUGUCACGUCGUCUUUUGAUGAAGCGCGCUGCCAGCAUGGAUGCAGAGAGACAAAUGAUUUCCAAGAUGAAGAUGGAAGUCGGCAAUCAGUUCACCCAGCGCAUUGAAGCGAUGUUUAAGGACAUGACGAUAUCCGAGGAUCUGAGUGCCAACUAUAAAGAUCACGUAUCAAAAACCGGGGAUCCCGACCAGAAGCCCGUGGAUCUGGAGGUCAAUGUUCUCACCAGCAACAUGUGGCCCAUGGACAUCAUGGCUAGCACGAAAGAAGGAACCGUUCAACUACCCUGCAUCUACCCGAAGGAAAUCUCCUCGCUCAUCCAUAGUUUUGAGCGCUUCUACCUUGGAAAACACAACGGCCGCAAGCUGUCCUGGCAAGCUAGCAUGGGCACUGGUGACAUCCGAGCCACCUUCAAACGACCCAAUGGCAAGGUUCAGCGAUAUGAACUGAAUGUUUCAACCUACGCCAUGGUCAUCCUCAUGCUGUUUAACGACACACCAGACGGUGAGCCUCUGACAUACCAAGAGAUUCAGAUGCGCACCCAAAUCCCCGACCACGACUUAAUUCGAAACUUGCAAUCGCUGGCCGUUGCUCCCAAGACACGAGUCUUGAAAAAGGAUCCAAUGAGCAAGAAUGUCCAACCCGCAGACCGCUUCUUCUUCAACCAUGAAUUCCACAGUCCAUUCGUAAAAGUGCGCAUUGGAGUCGUCAGCGGUGGUGCAAACAAGGUCGAGAACACAGACCAGCGCAAGGAUACUGAGCAGAAGAUGAGCGAGGAGCGUGGCGGUACCAUUGAGGCCGCUAUCGUGCGUAUCAUGAAACAACGCAAGAAUCUCAUGCAUCAACAAUUAAUGACAGAGGUCAUUUCUCAAUUGAACUCUCGUUUCGUCCCGGAUGUACACAUGAUCAAGCGUCGAAUUGAGAGCUUGAUUGACCGUGAAUAUUUGGAGCGUAUCUCCGAGGAACCGCCUACUUAUGGCUACAUUGCGUGA